AUGACGUCUCUUGAUAGGAAAGGAACCUUUAAAGUAGAAUAUUUACAAGAAAUAGAGAAGAGAAUACAACAACGUUGGGAAGAUGAGAAAAUAUUUGAAACAGAUGUUCCCCAAGAUGAGAAAAAAGAAAAAUUCCUAUGCACCUUUCCCUAUCCGUACAUGAACGGGCGAUUACAUCUCGGUCAUACCUUUUCGUUGUCUAAAUGCGAGUUUGCAGCUCGAUACCAACGUCUAAAAGGCAAGGCAGUAUUAUUUCCAUUCGGAUUUCAUUGUACUGGCAUGCCAAUAAAGGCUUGUGCUGAUAAAUUGAAAAGAGAGAUGAGUCUGUAUGGAUGCCCUCCAACGUUUCCAGAAGAUGUAGAAGAAACUCCUUUGGUUGAAGAGGACACAGUUAUAAAAGAUAAGAGUAAAGGAAAGAAAAGCAAGGCUGUUGCGAAAACUGGAUCUGCUAAAUACCAGUGGCAAAUAAUGCAAAGCCUCGGUAUACCUGAAGAAGAAAUCAAAGAAUUUGCAAAUGAAUCCUAUUGGCUUGAGUAUUUUCCACCUCGAGCUGUGGCUGAUUUGAAGAAGAUGGGAUUAAAUGUUGAUUGGAGAAGAAAAUUUAUAACGACAGAUGUAAAUCCUUUCUAUGAUUCUUUUGUUAGAUGGCAAUUCUACCAUCUUAAGAAUCGUAAUAAAAUCAUGUUUGGUAAGAGAUACACGAUCUACUCUCCACUUGACAAACAACCUUGUAUGGACCAUGAUCGAAGCUCCGGUGAAGGUGCUGGACCUCAAGAAUACACACUGAUCAUGAUGACAGUAUUGGAACCAUUGCCUCAGAGCCUGAAGUGUUUCACUGGGAAAGAAAUUAAAUUUGUUACGGCCACCCUCCGACCAGAAACCAUGUAUGGUCAAACUAACUGCUGGGUUCAGCCCGAUCAUAAGUACAUAUCUUUUGAGACGGUUAAAAAUGGAAUAUUCAUAUGCACUCUUAGAGCUGCUAGAAAUAUGUCAUACCAAGGAUUUACCACAAUCGAUGGGAAAGUGGAUGUUCUUAAAGAAAUCAAUGGAAGAGAUCUUUUAGGUGUCGCAUUAAAAGCACCUUUCACCAGCUACUCAAAGAUUUACUCUCUUCCAAUGUUGACCAUUAAAGCAGAGAAAGGCACAGGAAUAGUUUCCAGUGUGCCUUCCGAUUCGCCGGACGACUACGCAGCUUUAGUGGACUUACAGAAGAAAGCGGCGUUCAGGGAGAAGUACAAUAUCACAGACGACAUGGUUCUACCUUACAAACCUAUACCGGUGCUUGAAAUUCCCGAAUACGGCAACUUGUCCGCCGUGUACGUCUACGAUAAGCUCAAAAUUCAAAGCCAGAACGAUCGAGAAAAGCUGACUCAAGCUAAGGAUAUGGUCUAUUUAAAGGGAUUCUAUGAUGGAGUUUUAAUCGUCGGAGACUUCAAGGGAAGAAAGAUUCAAGAUGUGAAAAAAAAUAUUCAGAAUCAGCUAGUGAAAGAAGGCAGUGCUGUAAUUUAUUACGAACCUGAAAAAACUAUCAUUUCGAGGUCCGGCGACGAGUGCGUCGUCGCUCUGUGCGAUCAAUGGUAUCUGGACUACGGGGACCAGGAAUGGAAGGCGCAAGCCGAAAGAGUUUUAGGGGCUAUGAACACAUUCCACGACGAAGUGAGGAAGAAUUUGUCUGGAACUAUAAAAUGGUUACACGAGUAUGCGUGCUCCAGAACUUAUGGACUAGGUACCAAGCUGCCAUGGGACACCCAAUGGGUGAUCGAAUCUCUCUCCGACUCUACAAUAUACAACGCAUACUACACGAUAGCGCAUUUCCUCCAGGGCAAUACCUUCCGGGGUGAUGUCGAAAACCAACUAAAAAUAAAACCAGAACAAAUGACGACACAAGUAUGGGAUUAUAUCUUUUUUAAAGAUGCACCCAUCCCAAAAGAUACAAAGAUACCGAGAAGUUCCUUAGAUCUUAUGAAGAAAUCGUUUAAUUAUUGGUACCCCGUCGACAUGAGAACGUCAGGCAAAGAUUUGAUUCAAAAUCAUUUGUCAUACUUCAUUUUUGUGCACUGUGCCAUUUGGGACAAAGAAGAGGACAAGUGGCCGAAAGGGAUCCGCGCGAACGGACACCUUUUGUUAAACUCGGCUAAAAUGUCAAAAUCGGACGGAAAUUUUUUGACGUUAUCGGAGUCUUUAGAAAAAUUUAGUGCAGACGGCAUGCGUUUGACUCUUGCGGACGCAGGUGACUCCAUAGAAGAUGCCAAUUUCGUGGAAAGCACGGCGGAUGCGGCUAUUUUGAGAUUAUUCACCUUCAUCGAGUGGGUCAAAGAAAUGGUCGCUAUCAAGUCUAAUUUGAGGACCGGUGAAUAUAACUUCCACGAUAGAGUUUUCACAAGUGAGAUGAACACAUUAAUCUUACAGACGGAUGACAACUACAACAAAGUUCUUUUUAAGGAAGCUCUUAAGACUGGAUUCUUUGAGUUACAAGCUGCUCGGGACAAAUAUAGGGAACUAUGUUCUGAAGGUGGAAUGCACGCAGAGGUAGUGACACGUUACAUUGAGACGCAGGCAAUUUUGCUAUCGCCCAUUUGCCCGCACGUUGCUGAGCAUGUUUGGGAACUGCUUGAGCACAAAGCGAGCAUCGUCCACGCACGCUGGCCCGUGGCCGGGGACAUCGACGUCGUAGCUAUCAAGGCUAGCACGUACCUGAUGGAGGCGGCACACUCGUUCCGGAUAUACCUCAAGAACCAUUGCGCAGUCCGAAAGGCUAAAAAGGGUGAAACCCCCAAGCUCGAGCGGAAACCAAAUAAAGCGGUCAUUUGGGUCGCCAAGGAGUACCCAAAAUGGCAGCAUAUUAUUUUGAGUACACUCAAGGAACUGAACGGGCCGUCGGGCCUUCCCGAUAACAAAGUGAUAUCUGGCAAGCUAGCCGAGGUUACCGAGUUGAAGAAGUAUAUGAAGCGAGUGAUGCCCUUCGUCCAGUCGACACGAGACAAUUUGCAGAAGAUCGGAUCCGAAGCUCUCUCCGUCGCUCUUCCAUUCGAUGAAGCUAAAGUGCUUGAAGACAACAAACAGUAUUUACUUAAUACUCUGGACUUGGAUGCGAUCGAAGUGAGGCACACCGAUAGUCCGGACGCCCCCGAAAAGACACGCGAAGACUGCGCUCCCGGGGCUCCCCACAUCAAUUUCAUAGCGGAGCCGGGCCUAACUGUCAACGUCGUCAACCCCACCCCGCUCAGUGGUCUGUUCUCGGUCUUCGUGACGCUGGUGGACGGGGACACCGUCGAGAAGGUCAAGGCAAAGAUCGCUAAGGAAGUGAAAGCUGUAAAAGACGUCAAAUCCCUCAAACUGUGGCGGUACUUGGAUCCCGUCCUGGGGCCACGCAAGAUUCCUGUAAUAGGAGAUCACGAGAGCAAAUGCGCAGUCUUGGAUGACGGCGCAAUUCUGCGCGUGCAAACCGACGCCUCGCGCGUGGAGCUCGUCCAAAAUGGAACCAAUUUAAACAUAGGCCUGCAACUUAUUUAUACUUAUGCUCUGGCAGAGUGGAACUUCGGCAAGGACCUCUCUGUUUCGUGGCCCACGCUGGGGUAA